UAUGCCACCCUGGAACAGUUGGACCUGAUCAUUAUACACCAGCAGGUGGAGCUUCUUGGAAUGAUACUUGGCACUGAGACUUCCAAUAAAUAUGAGAUUAAAAACAGCUUGGGACAAAGAAUCUACUUUGCGGUGGAGGAAAGCAUCUGUUUCAAUCGUACUUUUUGCUCCACACUGCGAUCUUGCACCCUGCGGAUCACAGACAACUCCGGUCAAGAAGUGAUCACAGUAAACAGGCCCUUGAGGUGUAACAGCUGUUGGUGCCCCUGCUACCUACAGGAGUUAGAAAUUGAAGCUCCUCCUGGUACGGUCGUUGGUUAUGUUACACAGAAGUGGGACCCCUUUUUGCCUAAUUUCGCGAUCCAAAAUGCAAACAAAGAAGAUAUUUUGAAAAUUGUUGGUCCUUGUGCAACAUGUGGUUGUUUUGGAGAUGUGGAUUUUGAGGUAAAGACUGUCAACGAAAAACUUACGAUUGGGAAGAUUUCCAAAUACUGGUCGGGGUUUGUAAAUAACGUCUUUACAAAUGCUGACAACUUUGGAAUUCACGUUCCUGCAGAUCUAGACGUCACGGUUAAAGCCGCGAUGAUUGGUGCCUGUUUCCUCUUGGAUUUUAUGUUCUUUGAACAUUCUCUGGCUGGAUUAUAACAAGCAAUAUCACAAAACAAUAAAAUAUGC